CGAUGGUAAAAUUGAAUAUGUGCCUCUUAAAUCCUACCGGAAUAAAGUUUUAUUGAGUUGCUGACUAAAAACAUACACCAGAAAGUUCAAAUAUAGCAGUUUUUCCGAAAAGUGUUAAAAAUGUAAGUUGCUCCACUGUUUAAUUUUUUAUUCUACGGAAGCGGAUAGGGACCAUGAAUGCGCCAAUUUCCCGAUUUUUUUGUAACGUUAUUUUUAAAUCGAAACCAGAGCAUUUUUGUCAAUUUAAACAGUUUUGUUUAGUUCUGUUAAAUCUUUUUGAUCAAAAUAAUAUUUUAUGAUCACGUUGAAAUGUCUAUCAUUCUAACUCGGUAUACGUCUUUUUUUCAGUUCAGACUCUAGUUUCAUGGUAUGUGCCUACAGGAUGGAUUGGUGGUUGGAAACAAGUACAUUCAUGUUGCUGAAGAUAUUUUCAAGUUUGAUUACAAUGUAGACCUAUGGUGUGUGAAUGAAUUCCAGUUCACUGACAGUGUUUGUUUGGACCCUGCUAUUUAUAUCAUCUGGAUUUGUUCAGUUGUUCUAUGUUGAUCCAGGUGAUAUUUGUGGAGGUGAUGCUUACUCCAGCAUAAUGGCAGAACCAAUGGACAUAUCAUCAGAUGAUAAAAGCUGUCCUAUCUGCGACGAACUUUUAAAGAAUGGAUCGCCCACAGUUGUGAUACGUGAAAAGGGAGCAAUUAACAUCAACAGAGCCAGUGCACAGAGAAAUGCGAAUAUAACCGUGAAAUCUGGUGAUUCAGUUCACAGAGACUGUAGAAGGGAUUUUAUAGACUUGAGAAAUGUAAAGACAGAUAAUAGUGGAUAUGCAUGUGACUCUUUGACAACAAGAUCCAGUUGUACAACUUUCGAUUUUAAAUCUAAUUGUUUCUUCUGCACUCACAAAUGUAAUAAAACAUGUAGUGAAGUCCACAGUGUCGAACAAUUUAAUUUUAUUGCAACUAUAAAAGAGUUAUGUAAUAUAAGAAAUGACUCGUGGGGUAAUGAGGUUCAUGCUAGGUUGGUAUCAGUCCUUGAUUUGCAGGCUGCUGAAGCAAUUUACCAUCAAGUGUGCAGUGUAAACUUUCUACUUUUAAGCAGGUGCCUGACAGGUUUGCAAAAGAUGAAAAAGGCAAGAAAUCACCAGGAAGACCACAGUGUACAGAAUUGCUGGAAGGAUUUAAAGAUGUCAUUAACUAUAUCGAAAGCAAUGAAGGGGCAGCACUAUCAGUCAAAGAAUUAGUUCAAGUCAUGAAACAGACCUGUGGAGAGAGAGCCUACUCAAGUAAAUAUAUGAAAAAGAAAAUUAUUGAACAUUUUGGUGAUACAAUUACAUUUGUUUCUACGCAAGGCCAAGAAGAUAAAAUCAUUAUGAAACAUACCGCAUCUGAUAUCUUAAGCAAAUUCACAAAAGAAAACUUUGGACUCUCAGAGGCAGAACAGAAACGUAAAAUUAUUUCAACAGCUGCAAAACUUAUUAAGUCCGAUAUUGCUGCUGUAGAUGCAUCAAAAACAUUUUAUCCUUCUGUUGGUACUGUCCAGUCUGCAGAAAGGAACAGAAAGUUACUACCAGACACAUAAGAUUUUCUCCUGUCGUCAAUGUUUUCAGGAAAGGACACUGAGAUAAAGUUUGCAGCGAUUGGCCAGUCAAUUAUGCAAGCUUGUAGACCAAAGUCCUUAAUCGCACCAUUACAACUUGGUCUAGCAGUUCAGGUUCACCAUUUAUAUUCUUCAAGAUUUCUUGUAGAUGAACUUUACCAGAUGGGAUUUUCAUCUUCCUAUUCCUAGGUGCAACGUUUCCAAUCCAAUGCCGUUAUGUCAUUAAAUGCUGUAGUCGCAGGAUUUUUUCCAGGUCAGUUUCUUCAAUACGUUGCAGAUAAUGCAGACCACAAUGUAUGUACCUAAGAUGGCCAUGGAACAUUCCACGGUAUGGGUAUGGUUGCUUACUCGUAACCAGGAUCAAAUGUUGAGUUACCAAUUCCGAGAGCAGAUAUGUCACUUACAGAUUUAUCUAGAAUAUCAAACAUUAAUAUCAAAUACUUCAAGGAUCCAGAUAAUGGUAUGUCCGACGAAUUUUUUUUCGGGACAUAGGAUUUGGAACUGAAAUCUCAGAUACAUUGGUAUGCAGUCAGAAUCCAUUUGACACAUUCUUCAAAUUGAUUUGGCCUUUGAAAACAUCUAGACCAAACUGGUCAGGAUUUAUACAGCUUUAUACAGAAUCUCAUGCUCAUCCAGGUAAAGCAAAUAUCAAAAUACUUCCCAUGAUAGACAUGAAUCCAAGUGAUUUAUCUUGUAUCAAUUCAACGCUCCACUUUGUAAAUGACCAGUGUAAGAAGUACGGUGUCACUCCUGUAUUGACAUUUGAUCAGCCAUUAUUCCAAAAGGCGACAUUUAUCAUCAGAUGUGAUCCUCUGUUGAAAAACAUAGUUUUACGACUAGGAGGCUUUCAUACGGAGAUGAGUUUCCUGGCCAGCAUAGGACACAUCAUGUCAUCCACUGGACUGAAAGAGGUACUUGAGACGAUUUAUGCUCCAAACGCGGUAAGACAUAUGUUAGCAGGUAAGGCUGUUCACAGAGCCAUACGAGGCCAUUUUCUAGUCGAUAGCGCCCUGCACACUUAGCUGCUUUCAGAUGCCCUUGAGGUACCAUUGCCACUGAAGGAACCAAAUACCUCUGAAAACGAAGACAGAACCUCUACCAAAGAAGAGUCUAGUGUGGAACUUGAAGAUGCGCCAGAGAUGCUUAAGCAGUUAAAGGAAAUGUACGAAAAUCUAGAAAAGAACAAGGUUUCCGUCAGUGACGUUUGUAGCGCUGAACUUCUCCAAGAAGUGUCACAAGUCCUAAAUUUGGAGAAAACAAAAUUAAAAAGUUACCGCACAGCAAGCCUUUGGCUGCAAUACAUGGAUAUGGUUUCUGUCCUUCAGCAGUUUAUACGAGCAGAGAGAGUAAGUGAUUGGAUUGGACAUCUCCAGGCAACAAAACGCAUGCUGCCAUACUUUGCAGCUUCCGGUCAUUAUUUGUAUCUAAAGUCUGCCUAUAUCUAUCUCCAAAACAUGAUAAAUCUCGAGAGAGAACAUCCCGAUGUCUUCCGCCAAUUCAUGGAUGGAAAGCACACGGUCAGAAGAAGCGACAGAUAUUGGGCAGGCCUGUCUACUGAUCUAGUUAUAGAGCAGGUGCUAAUGCGGUCACUAAAAAGCAACGGUGGAUUGACGAGAGGUAGGGGGAUAUCUGAACAUCAGAGGGUGCUAUGGUCAUUGGCUAUGCCUGCCACUGCAGAGAUGAAUGCUGCAAUGCAGCUCUUUACAGGACAAGAAUACCAGACCAGUGACCAGCAUAAAGAAAUUGGUCAUUCCAGACGUGCAAGAGAUGGUAGCGAUACAAAGUUGCUGUUAAACUUCCUCAGAGAUCACUCUCCGUUUGAAAAGACCGAUGGAUCAUUUAGAAAUAUUGAAACAGGGGUCACUGCAGAUGAAAAGGUGAAUGCAGAUAAAGCUGUUGAAAUUGGAUGUAAAAUUAUACAAAAUAUGACGGACGUCAAAGAUAACUGCUUUUUAAUUUUGUUACAAAUGCAUUUUGCAUUUAAGAAGUACUUAAAGUUCUAAUGAUUUAUGCACUUGACUAUUUACUAUUUUUUAAUGCUCUGAAAUUGAAAAUUAUGUCUAUAUAUAUAUAUUUAAAUGUACUUCAGGUAGUUAGGUACAGUUCUAAAUACUUGAUGUAAGGUUUAUCUUCAAGUAAAUGUGUAUCAUUUUCUUUCAUCAAAUUGUUAUAUGUCAUGAUUUAUUGUGACUACAUUUCCAUGGCAACAUAUACUUGAAAUGAUGUGUGCAACUAUUUUAUGUCCUAAUAAAGUAAAGAUAAACUCACAUAAUAAUAAUGAAUUACAUUUGUUGUCAUAAGUAAGAAAAUAAUGAUUAUUUUCAAAAUAUUAAUGUAAGAAGUAUAAUUGUCAAUUUGUCUUUAUUUUUAUUGAUUGAAGAAUGUUUUCAAUGCAGUUUUGAUACUUAUAAAAUUAAACCUAAUUAAUUUCAUUUGAAAACAAUUGUAUGAAAUGUUUAAAUGUAUUUUCUGGACAUGAUAAAUACUAAGUCUUUAUAAUUUAUGCGAGUUUUGUACUUUGUUCCGAAAUAUAACUAUUUGUUCGAAAGUGGGUGGGGUAAUUUUACCCCUAAAAUACAACAAUAUGCAAAAUUAUAUCUCAGAGUGACACAAAACUGUGCCAGUUACUGAUUACAGGUAAUGUUUUAUGUAAAAGCAAUCGCCCCGACACAAAAUAAACAAGAAAACACCAUCAAACUGGUAACAGUUACUAUUUAGUGUUAUUAUAGCGUAUUUUCAAUUUUCUGACAUACACUCUCAUAAAGCCCCGCAAAAUGUCAUUUUCCAUUGACCUGAGAGAUGGAGAUUUUUUACACAAGAAACUAUAAAUAUUUCCCUACCAUAAUAUGUAGAAAAUGAAACUUUUGCAAUUAGUUCUAGGUUAGGUGCAUUUUCCAGCUAGAUUUACU